UUGGCUAAUAAGGACAUUUCGCAACAUAUGUAUUUGGAAAGCAUUGUUUUAAAGAUGAAAAUACAUUCGUUUGUUUCUUAUUAUUACUUCAUGUUUACAAUGAUUAAUGGACAGGACUCAAGCAGGAGGCGUAAAAUCGGUGCUAUAUUUGACCACAAAUCACGACACUUAGCAAAGACGUUCGAGUUGGAAGUAGGUCGUCUAUCAACCAUGGAUAAAGAUAUAACACUUGAACAGAUCCAUGAGAUUGUAGAUUGCCAAGAUAGUUAUUACGUUACUAAUGCAAUUUGUGAUUUGUUAGAACAGAAUGUAUACGGGAUCCUUGGAGCAUUUCAUUCCUGUGCUUUAUCAACCAUACAGUCUUAUACUGACACUUUCAAAGUUCCCUUUAUAUCGUUGAGUAUGCCACAACAGUCGCUGUCUUCAGAUCCAUACCAGCUUUACAUUAGACCAUCAUAUAUUACGGGGCUUCUUGAUAUUGUUCAGCUUAAAGAAUGGAAUAAAAUAUUCUAUAUAUAUGAAACAGAUGACGGAUUGGUACGGUUACAACAACUAUUUCAAGACAUCAAUAAAAGAGAAAUGAGUAUUGACAUUGUUGUUAAAAAAGUUGUAUCUGUUUUUCAUUGUCACCAACAGCUGAGGAGUAUAUACAAUACAGACAUUAAAGAUGAUUUACGAGUAUUCUUAGAUCUGACCACCGAAAAAUCAGAGGAACUGAUUUCAUUAGUAAAAAAAGAUCCGGAUGUUGUCAAUACCAGAUUUCAUUUUUUAAUUAUAGACUUGGGGAUGACUGAUAUGAAUGAAACAGUACUUUCUGCAGGACUGAACGUGUCAGGUUUCAGCUUACCAGAAACCAAAGGAUGGGAAUCACAGCCAACCAGAACGAAAACAUUUGGUGAUGAUCUUGUUAAAGAUGCAGUAAUGGUCUUCCAUAGAGCUUUGAAGAAAAUAGAACAAGUAACUCCUAUCCAUAGAGUUGACGAAAUGAUGAAAUGUAGAGAUAAUGAACGUAGAAUAACAUUCAGUCCAGGAAAAAAAGUUCUUAAUCAGAUAAGAAAGGUAGAAUAUAAUGGAAAAAGUGGUAAAAUAAAAUUUAAAAAUAAUGGAUGGCGGAAAGAUUUUGUAUUGCCACUGUAUGAAACAAGAAUGGAUAUGGGAAUAGCUAAAGUUGGAAGUUAUAAUCCACCAAACCGGCUUAACUUACAUAAACCAGAUCUGGUUUCUAAACAACAAUACCAGAAUUAUACAAAUGACAACAUAAUUUGGCGGAUAACCACAGUCAAGGAAGAACCAUAUGUAAUGCAUAAUGAAAUUGGACAACAAACUAACGCCAUGUGUGGUAGGGAAAAUUUUACAGGAUAUAUAAUAGACCUGAUAGAUGCGGUUGCGGCACAUAUGCAAAUCAAAUAUAAAUUAUGCAUUGCUAAAGAUGAACAAUAUGGAAAGGAACUUGAAAAUGGUACAUGGAAUGGAGUAAUUGGAGAAUUAGUGAGAGGGGAAGCUGAUAUAGCAUUUGGGGCGAUGACAAUAUCAUCAGAGCGGGAACGAGUCGUCGAUUUUACGAAACCUUUUAUGAGUUUAGGCAUCAGUAUAAUGAUAAAGAAACCAGCGAACAAGAAAGCACACACCUUCUCAUUCAUGGACCCUUUGUCCUAUGAAAUUUGGAUGUGUAUUUUGUUUGCCUACGUUGGAGUUAGUGUAGUGCUAUUCCUUGUCAGUAGAUUUAGUCCAACAGAGUGGCAUAUAGAAGACAACAGCACAAUAAAAAAUGCCUUCACAAUAUCUAAUAGUUUAUGGUAUUCCCUAGGUGCUUUCAUGCAACAGGGGUGUGAUAUAAGUCCUAAAUCGGUUUCUGGUCGAAUUGUUGGUAGUGUAUGGUGGUUUUUCACUUUGAUCAUUAUAUCAUCUUAUACUGCAAAUUUAGCGGCUUUUCUCACAGUUGAGCGAAUGAAUACACCUAUUGAUUCUGCAGAGGAUUUAGCAAAACAAACACGAAUUCAGUAUGGAGUGUAUGAAGGCGGAACCACCUAUAAUUUCUUUAAGAAAUCAAAGGUAGCAAUUUAUGAACGAAUGUGGGCUUACAUGUCCUCUGCCCAAGAUGUGUUUGCAAAGACAACACGAGAAGGAGUGAAGAGGGUUCGCGAUGAAAAUGGGAAAUAUGCAUAUUUAAUAGAAUCAUCAACAAAUGAAUAUAUUAAUACCAGAAAACCAUGUGAUACAAUGAAGGUCGGAAGCAAUCUAGAUUCAAAGGGAUACGGCAUUGCAACCCCAAUUGGAUCCAAUUUAAGAGACAGACUUACCCUUGCCGUUCUGAACUUGAGGGAAAGAGGACGUUUACAGUCAUUGAAGAAAAAGUGGUGGGACGAGCGAUCAGAAUGCGGAGAUGAUGCCACUGUCUUGGAUGGUAGCAAUGCUGAGUUAAAAUUGAAUAAUGUUGCUGGAAUUUUCUACAUUUUAAUUGGUGGAUUAUGUUUGUCAGUAAUCAUUGCUGGAUUCGAAUUCCUUUACAGGUCAAUAGCUGAAUCAAGAAAAUCUCAGAAAACUUUUGGUACAAUCGUUAGACAAAAAGCUCGCCUUUCUUUCAGAGGCUCUAUAGAUUCAACCAACCCUGAAGCUUCGACUCCUUUAAAAAGUUCAGGAUCAUUCGGAACUUAUAAAUAUAAUGGACCAACUCAAUUACCUGGUUUUGACCCUUAUGUCGACACCAAUACCCAUACAGAAGUAUAACGUCAAAUAAACGACAAUUGUGGAGUUAGAGGCACUGGUGUUACUUUUGAUACUUUUUUCAUACGUGCAGUUUAAAGACAUUCUUUACAUAUGUGCAGUUUAAAGACAUUCUUUACAUAUGUACAGUUUAAAGACAUUCUAAACAUCGACGUUUUCACAUGGUUUUGUAUUUUGCUAAUUGUUUCUAAUGUAUAAAUGGAUCAAAUAUGUAUAUUCGACGUAUCAUAUAAAGUGGUGAUUUUUCUAGUCAUUUGUAUAUACUCCCAAUGUGUGUGUGUUUAAGUGCAAAGCAAUUAUGUAUUGUUCAAAUUUCAAAACCUAUUAACAAUCUAACUACACAUGAAAUGAAUUUUGUUUUCAUACUAGAAAGACAGUUCUGUUGAUGAACUUUUCGUUACUUUUAUAACAAUUAUGAUUUAGUUUAAUAUAAGUAUAUAUGUGAGUGCGAAUGUAUACUAAAAGCACGGGCAUUUUAAGCAGGAAAAAUGCAACAUUUAAGAUCCUUAAGUUUUAUAUCUUGGUUUUUUUCAUUAAUCAGACUAAUUAUUUAAUACUUAUAACUUCAUUUUUUCCAAGGACUUUGCGAACACGAUGUAUAUCAAUAUUUGUCUUUUAUGUACCUGUGCUCUUUUUUGUAGAAGCUCGUGUCAGCAUGAAUGUUACAUUUCAUUUUGAAAUGAAGGUUUCUUUAAGAAUAACGGUAGAUUGAUGUUAGCCAAUCAAAAAUACAUAUAUGUUAUUAUAUUGUGUUGUGCUUGGUUUUGUUCCAAAGCAUACUUGAAUGAAUCAAAUAUUCUUCUUAUUACAAAACAAAACAAAAAUAUUCCGUCGUAUACGAUUUCAAAAACUUUUUUUUUUAUUUUACAUUGAGUGUUUUUUUUAUCUAGAGUUGUAUUGUAGUUAUGUGUAUAUUGUUGUCAUUAUCAUUGUCAUAUUUUAUAAUUCUCAUGUAUUUCUCGUAUAAAUUCUUACAACUCAGGACUGGUACAGUAUGAAUA